AUGAGCUCUCUUGUGCGAGGUGCCGCUGUGUCCCAGGGCUCAAUUCGCCUUGCUCACAGUUAUGGCGCAAACCCUGCGUAUAGGAGGCUCGCAUCGCAGCUUGCCACCGCUGGCCUGCGCACCAGAACCCAAUCCGCAUCUCCCACCAUCUCCUCGACAUUAACAUCCCAGUUCCUUCCUUCCGACGUCCAGCGCACAAUGGCCCGCGGCCUGUCCGCACGAUUCCUGCACACGACCGGCCGAGCCUUACAAGACCAAGCAAAGCCCAAGGAGGAGGCGCCCAAGAAGGACGGCGCCGCUGCCGCUGCUGAAGGCGAGGCCGAGCAGAAGAAGCCCGAAGAAGAGGGCGAGAAGAAGACGGAGGAAGACGGCGAAAAGAAGUCCGAGGAGGGCGAGGGCAAGGACGGCGAGAAAAAGGAGAAGAAGGACGACCUCCCUCCUCCCCCACCACACGGCGACAAGACCCCGUGGCAGGUUUUCAUGGAGACCAUGAACACGGAAUUUCAGGCCUCCAAGGAGUGGAACGAGUCGACCAAGCAGAUUGGCGCUGCCGCCACGGAGUUCUCCGAGAGCGAGUCCGUCAAGCGUGCUCGUGAGGUCUACGAAAAGUCCACUGGCGCUGUCUCCUCUGUUGCUGGCGCCGCCGUCAAGUCGACAGCUGGUGCCAUUGGCAAAGGUGCCGCCUGGACCUGGGACACGGAAGUGGUCAAGGGCGUCCGCAAGGCUGCCAACGCCACUGGUGAUGCCCUCGACACCGCCACCAAGCCUCUCCGUGAGACCGAGGCCUACAAGAACGUCAAGAAUGUCAUUGACGACGGCAGCUCAUCGCGCUACGGUGGCUGGACUGACAAGGCCGAGCGCCGCAAGAAGCGCGAGGCCAUGGACAAGGCGCGCGGCGGCGCCCAAGUCUUCCAGGAGGAUCCCGAGGCCGGUACCGGCGUCACAUUGCACAAGGAUGCCGCUUGGAAGGAGGCGUGGCGCGAUUUCCGCGAUUCCAACAAGUUCGUCCAGGGUGUUUUCAGCAUGAAGGGCCGCUACGAAGAGUCGGAGAACCCUCUCAUCUCGACUGCCCGCAGCAUCACCGACCGCAUCGGCGGCUUCUUUGCCGAGAACGAGACGGCCCAGGUCAUCAAGCGCUUCCGCUCCAUGGACCCCGCCUUCCAGGUCGAGCCUUUCCUCCAAGAACUUCGCGAGUACAUGCUUCCUGAAGUCCUCGACGCCUACGUCAAGGGUGAUACCGAGACGCUCAAGCUCUGGCUCUCUGCCGCCCAGUUUUCUGUGUAUGAGGCCCUCACCAAGCAGUACCUCCAGGCUGGCAUGAAGUCUGACGGCCGCAUUCUCGAUAUCCGCAACGUCGAUAUUCUCCGCGCGCGCAUCCUUGACCCCGGAGAGGUCCCCGUCUUUAUUAUCACCUGUCGCACACAGGAAGUCCACGUCUACCGCAACGCCAAAAGCGGCGAGCUGGCCGCCGGCAUGGAAGACAAGGUCCAGCUGGUCACAUAUGCCAUUGGUAUCACCCGUGUGCCUGAGGACGUCAACAACCCCGAGACGCGUGGUUGGCGCCUGAUUGAGAUGCAGAAGAGUGGUCGUGACUGGUACUAG